GGUUGGGGAUGAACAUACAUUCCCUUAGCCCCCGUUGAUCGUCGCAAUUGCAUCAUUUGACUCUCACCCUUCACCACAGUAUCGGCCUCUCCGGAAACACCUGAUUGUGUUCUAAAUGUGAACCAACUAGGUAGGUACCUCGGUAUUCGCGCAGAAAGGUGACAACAAUAAUAUCAUGGUUGCCUAACACCAAGCAAGCCACCACGUGCAGGAAGUGCGGCUGAUCCGCGACGUGUCCGAACCCCAAAACCGAUCCCUGAUCCCAGAUAUCCCUCGAACAAACUGUUCCACUCCCGAACAAUUCCCCUACCCAAUUCCACAAGACCAUCAUCUCCCACACCACCACAGCGCCGAACCGCAACCAUCAAACCAGCCAACAACCAUGACCACCCCCACCACGACCCUCCCCCCCUCCGCAACCACCCACCUCCUCCACGCCACCCUCCAAGACCGCAUCGCCGGCGUGCUAAUCGGCUCCGCCCUCGGCGACGCCAUCGGCCUGUACACAGAAUUCAUGACCGCCGCCACCGCCGCCACCGCCUACCCCACCGGCAAGUUCACACUCGGGGGCGGCGGCGACGGCGGUGAUGGCCACGCCCGCCCGACCCCCUUCAAGCUGGACGCGCACCGCGCGCCGAAACUGCCCGGCGACUGGACCGACGACACGGACCACGCGCUGCUGGUGCUGCUGGCCUUUUUGCGCACGGCGCGCACGGCCGGGGGGCGGAUGUCGGGGUUUGAUUUUGGGUUGGGUGGGAAGGGGCUGGCGGGAUCGCAGCGGCUGCCGACGCAGCAGGACCUGGCGGCGCGGCUGCGCGUGUGGGUGAGUCAGGGUUUUCGGCCGCUCGAGACCAUGCCGUUGGGGCUGGGGCGCUUGGUCGGUACGGUGGUCGCGUCGGCGGGGUUUGAUACGGACCCGGAGCGCGUGGCGAGGGAGUACUGGGAGCGGACGGGCCGGAGGGUGGCGCCGAAUGGGAGUUUAAUGAGGACCCAUCCGCUGGGGGUGGUUUGCUUGUUCCGGCCGGAGGAGGAGGCGUUUGAGAUUGCUGCGACUCUGUCGCGGGUUACCCACUUCGAUCCGCGGUGUGUGCUGGCGUGUGUUUUGGGGACGGGGUUGGUCAGGGCGCUGGCGAGGGGUGAGGUGGUGGUGGAGGGCGAUGUGGAUGCGGUGAUAAGGCGUGCGCUCAAGUGGUUUCAGGCUACGCAGCAAGAAGCGGAUAAGCUGGACAGUGAGGAGUUGAUGAGGCAUGUUAGCUCUGGUGAGGUGUUAGAUGACCUGAAACUGGACGAGCAGGCUGCAAUCGGGUAUGUGUACAAGACGCUCGGAUCGGGGGUGGUACUCUUGCGCAUGGCGAUUCGACGGUUGGUGGCAAGCAAGAACGAGCUGCUGGACCGGACUAUUCUGUUUGAGCAGCUCAUCACAGAUCUCAUUAUGCGUGGUGGGGACGCUGACACCAACGCAUGCUUUGCCGGGGCAUUGCUCGGCGCCUAUCUUGGCUACUCCGCGUUGCCGGACCACUGGAAGCAUGGCCUGAAGAACGGAGAGUGGCUUCUGGGCAAGGCAGUUGUUUUAUGCCAGGUUCUCGGGGUGAAGGAUGGCUUUUACGCCGGGACGGAGGAUAAAGACAGUCACCCUCUCGGCGGGAAGCCCGCCAUCAGCCAACAGGAGAUGGAAGGCCGCUGGAUGGUGUUGCAGCAAGCCACAAUGAGGAAAAUGGAGGAUGCAGCGAAGACACCCUCGAAACCUUCUGGGUCGAAUUGGUCGUCGUUUUUGUGGAAGAAGGGGAGCGAAGGGAACCCACGUUAAUGGUGCUAGGGUAGGUAGUUAUGAGUAUGAUGAGGUAGUCGAGUCUGGGGCGCAAAGGUCGACUGGGGUGUUUGGUUGUUGGAGCUGACGAGUACACCACGGCUCGAGCAGAAAAUGGGAUUUUCAGAGCAAUUAUAUGCCUUCUCAUCAUCAAGGGCCACGUUGUGAUAACCUGAAUGGUCCCAGGCACACGGUCGG